AUGCCACGGCAAACCAACCCCAGUGACUUGCCUGGAGUCGCAAAGGCUCCCGAGGCAAGGUUGCCAUCCAGCCACAAGACACUCUUACGUACAUACUCCCGCCGUUCCCUGAAGAGACGGCACACAUCGCCUCCGGCGCAAACCGUGGAGCGAUUCCUCACACGCACUAGGAGUCUGAGUGUAACAGAGCAAAAGACUACCGAACAUCGCAAUGCGGCCAAGAAUCAACAGCCUUCGCGAUCAAUCCCAAACAAAGACCGCAAGCGCUUGAGGUUCUCCUUGGCGUCCGCAGAGAACAAGACGCCGAGUGACCUCGCUUGGGAGGCGCUUGCCUCAUCUGCGCCUGUAUUGACACGAGAAGACGAUGGCUCCUCAGACGAGGGAGGAUCACAUGAGACUCAUGUCGUUGAAUGCUCGCCUGGUCAUAAGGGAUCAGUGCACCAGCAACCAGCCGCCGGAGACGUGGUGAAAGGUCCAACCAAAAGCGGUGAAAGAAGACCUCGCGGAGAUGCGGCCUCAGAAGUUGAUGCUCUAGAGAAUAUGAGCUUGGAGGAAUCUGACGAAGUUGAAGAUGACUCUUCCGAGCCUGGCCAAGACGGAGAGGCCGACAUCACCGCUUUAACAUCAUCAUCUGAAGGCGAUGGGACCUCCAUUCCCACCAACGCAGAAAGUCAGAAGCCAAAGACCAGGGGCCGCUUUUUGAUCUUUGACAGAUCCCCACCGAAGGGCUUCAAGGUGCUUCACAAGCCUCGAGUCAACCCGGAGACGAAACCGCCGAUAACCAAGAAUAGACAGAAGCUGACCGACGGAUUCACCGAAGACGAGGCGCGUCCCCUCUUCCUUGGCAAAAGAAGACGGCUUCAGCAGCUUGACAUAAAUGUCGGAAGCCUAGACCUGACUCAGACCGGCAAAGCCUCACAGCAAAGGCAAAGAGAAAUCAGUCCCGAAGUCAAAAGGCAAACCCAAACUCGGACGACUGCCGGUCUAUGGCGUGGACGGCAGUACUUCGGCUCAUCGCAGUUCAAAAUAGAGUCUCAGGAUCCUGACGAGUCUUCUGAGGUCAAGGAAGCGACAACAAAAGGUCACAAGAUUGAUCUUGAUAGGUACGGCAGGCCAAUCCGUUUGGUUGACAACUUCGGCCCCAUCGUGAUCCCACGGACCGACUCUCCUCGGCCAGAGAACUCUGGCAAAAUGGACUCAUCAAGUGAACCCCCGGGAGAGGUUGUACAGGAUUCGAGCCCAAGUAUACAACCGUUCCCGAAGCGAAGUAUGAAUUGUGAGACUGGAAAGUCGAACUCACUGACACUACGUCCUGGCCCGCCUUCCCGACUGAAAUCUGACUUCGUGAUCACUGAUACACCCCUCCAGCGCGGCGAUGCAAGCCGGUAA